UUCAUUGCGAUUGUUACAAAAACAGCUCAUAAACGGAUCAUCCCGAAAAGAAGAGUACAAAAUAGAGGCCUGCUGGUGGGAAGGACAAUAUUAACUGAACAAUAAGUCACAGACAACUAACAAUGCGCACCUUUCAAUUUCUGAUUUUUCUGGUUCUUUCCGGCAUCGUCGUUUCUUCAGAACAGAAGAUAGCAGCGGAAUCGACGAAAGAGAAAGUGAAAUAUCGCAAGGAUGCCAGCGGUGACAAUGAUAGUAAUGAUGUUGAACUCGAAGUGAAUCCGGAGCGGAAGGGGGGAGGUUUUUAUCGUGACGACCUCGAAAAAGGAGUGAUGGACGACAUCAAGCUCGACAACUCAAAAAUUAAGAAGAACCGGGUCAAUCAAAGAAACAAGAACCUCAGAAAGGAGACUGAAAAAGUCAACUUUGUCUACGGGCUUGACGGUGAGCUAGAGCCCGUUCUUUCCAAAGAUGAUUUGGAGCGUCACAUAACAGAAAACCUUCUUGAAGAGAAGGAAGCUAACGCGUUGAGAAGGGCGGGACCGUUGCCAAAAGGCAUUUUUGACGAGAGGAGAUCUGGGACUGAUGGCCAUGGCGGUGUGGUCCUGACAGAAGAAGAAUUGGAGGAUAUUAUCAAGGAGAACAACAUCGACGACCAGGAGGCCGAAGUGUUUCGCGCGUUGCGUCCCUACAGCUACUACAACUAUCGCGCACCAUCUUACUCUUACAGGUCCUCUUCUUACUACCGUGGCUACUACAAUUCGAAGGGGGGUAAAGGAAAGGGCUACGGAAAAGGAUAUGGAAAGGGUUCGAAGAGCUACUACGGAAAAGGAUAUGGGAAGGGUUCGAAGAGCUACUACGGAAAAGGAUAUGGAAAGGGUUCGAAGAGCUACUACCAACCUACUAGUAAGUAGUUGUGUCCAACAUUGAAUAUGUUGUCGCCUAUUUCCAUCACUCUCGUCAUCCUCAGUUUUUGUACGGUACAACAAUGAAUUGUUGUGUGUGUGCAAGUGUCCGCGAAAGUUUCUGUUAGUUGAAGUUGUUCCAUGUAUAUGCCUCUUCUCACGACGUUUACAAUCCUAAUUGUUUUGUCGCAAACAGCUUAUUCUUACACAUCCUACAAUAACGGGUACUCAUAUGGCCAUCGGAAGAGGUCGUACCAGUACUACUAUUUUUAUUGAAGUUAUUACGCACUCUACGCGUAUUCUUUCUACUGUUUUCAACGCACACUUCAAUGUUAGUAUAGAUCAAGCAAUGAUUUGAGGAAUGAGAGGAUGGAAUGGAGAAGAGUACCCAUGGAACAAUGGAGUCUUAUGUUAUUUCUUUUGCUCUGAAGACUCAAUGCAAGCCCCACCAAAGCUGGAUUUCUUCCUGUUGAAAUCAAUGAUUUAUCCGAUGCUGAGAUUCAUUUACCACAAAGUCAAAACUAGUGCUGAAAUUGUUUUUUGAUUUUAUGAGGUAUCCAUAGAUAACUCAACCCAAUGUAUAUAUUCUUCAUAUAUGAAAAAGCUAGUCACACAGACCAUAGGUUGAAACGCUGAUGAUGAUGUAAACUAGCUUUAAGUACUUUUAUUAUGAGCAAUAUUUUCUUCUAGGAAUUCAAGACGUACUGUUUGUUCAAAGGGAUUUUUGUAUGCUCCCUCUGACUCAAUAUUUUCAACAGUGUUUAAUACUAGGAAGUGAAUAGCUUCCUCCUCUUUGUAUAUAUGGUCACAAUGAACUGUUCAAUUAUGCCUGGAGUAUUUGAAUCCAACAGGAUACAGCCUUUUGUUUCUUAUUUGCUUCUUUCAGUCGCUUCUUGAAACAUUUGCAUCACUCUCCUUCUUCAGAACUAAAAUACUCCUAGGCAAUUCAGUUUUCCUUUACCUGUAACAAUAGAGCACUGACUUGAGUAUUUCAUCUUUGCAAUAGGAUCUUGACAAGCUAUUGUAUACAGUUCAGUUGAUGAUUGCAAUUCUUCUUUCUAAGUACACACAUCUAUCAAUUUCUCUUCAUUAACGCCUCCAUGAUUGAAUACAUUAAUGGCUGCUCAUUUUCCUUUAUUGCACAUGUUACUUCCAUAGGGAAAGUCCCUUCCGUUAUCAAUGCUGAAUGUCUCAUUGGAAGCAAACAAAAGAAGGUUUCUGGGAAGAUUCACCAAGUCUUGGAUUUAUGGAUUAAGUCAAGAGAGAGAGAGAGAGAGAGAGAGAGAGAGAGAGAGAGAGUUAUGUAGCUCCCUUGCCAGUCUGACUUCAGACAAGGGGGAGUGAGCUACAUCUAAUAACCCUUUUGUAGUACUACAAACAGAUGACAGCUCCCAUCAUAGCAUGAAGGCCACCUUUCUUGUCCAUCACAACAUUGCAUACACUUUCUGAUUUAUUUCCAGUUUUGUUCUUCAAGCUUCUUUUUUGUGCAUGUUUUCCCGUAUGAGGAUAAACUUCAGUGUCUUCCUUAUAUAGAUGGGAUAUAGUCUAUAUGCUAUUGUUUUGGUCUAUCAGGUGACUUAUUGUUUUACUGCAACCCUCUGAAAUUUUCAAGGGCCCUUUAGUGGCCUGCUCUAAUUAUGGGAUCCAAUCCUUUGGGCUAUAAGUUAUUUGAAUUGUAUUUGCUAUGAGGCUUCUGAGAAUGUGUGAGCUUCUGGAUUGACUUCUUCGGUUGCACCCAAUUCAUGCCUACCAUUUUAUGCCAGAUUUAGUAUUAACAUGACAGAAAGAAUCAUACUAACAAAAUCUGAAGAUGAGAAAACGAAAUACUAUUCUGCCUGCUGAAUGGGAUGAGAAUGCUAGUUGUGUCAAUUGAUUGGAACUACAACACACGAAAAAAAUAUUUCUUUAUCUGAAACACAAUGAUCGUUGGCAAAUAAUAGUUCCUCUACUCAGUUGGUUCACUACAAAUCAAACAUCGCUGGUUUCUUGCAAGCAUAUAUGCAUUCCUUACACAAGAAGAGUAACAUAAUGUCGAUGAAGGCAUCCAAAAAGGCUUAGCAGCAGCUUCGAUUGUCGUUCUGGGGAGCCGCAAGAGGAAAGGCCUCUCGUUCCGGCUGCGGUGGAUUCUUCGGUAGUUUCUUCGCAAUUUCUACAAACAGCGCCUUCACGUUGUUAGCAUUCUUUGCCGAUGUUUCCAAAUGCAGGAUGCCGUUUUCUUCCGCGUAAGAAUUGGCCUCCUCAAACUCGACCUUACGUCGAGAUUCGAGGUCCGCCUUGUUUCCAGCCAGGGCAAUCACAACAUUAGGAUCUCCGCGACGUUGAAGCUCUUUUACCCAGGACUUGGCACCAGUGAAGGAGUCCGGAUUGGUAAUAUCGUAUACCACAAUAGCAGCUGCAGCACCUCUGUAGUACAUGGGAGCUAACGAACGGUAGCGCUCCUGCCCAGCAGUAUCCCAUAUUUCAAACUUCACAGUCGAGUCAUCCAAUGCCACUGUCUGCGUUAAGAAGGCAGCUAUUUUCCGCGAUAAACAUGAAUUCCGUUG